AAGCCCCGCCCCCGGCAGCGUUGAUUUUUCUGGGCGGUCACGUUGCGUUGCGGCAUUGAAACGGAAGACUGUCGACUGCAAAGCUUCUUUUGCAUCCCUCUCCUCAGACAACUCUCAUUUCCUAAAUAGUCACAGGUUGCUUUGAGCUGCAGACAUCAUGACGCACCAGUACCCCGCACUCACAACUGAGCAGAAAAAGGAGCUGCAGGACAUCGCUCAGCGCAUCGUAGCUUCUGGGAAGGGCAUCCUCGCUGCAGAUGAGUCCACAGGCAGCAUGGCUAAGCGCCUGAACCCCAUUGGCGUGGAAAACACAGAGGAGAACCGUCGUCUGUAUCGCCAGAUUCUUUUCUCUGCUGAUGAGCGCAUUGACAAGUGCAUCGGUGGUGUUAUCUUCUUUCACGAGACCCUCUACCAGAAUGCUGAUGAUGGCACAAACUUUGCCAAAUUGAUCAAGGACAGGGGCAUUAUUGUGGGCAUCAAGGUUGACAAAGGUGUUGUCCCACUGGCAGGAACAAAUGGCGAGACCACAACACAGGGACUUGAUGGUUUGUCAGAACGUUGUGCUCAAUAUAAAAAAGAUGGUGCAGACUUUGCCAAGUGGCGCUCUGUGUUAAAAAUUAGUGAGACCACUCCCUCAGAGUUAGCAAUCAUGGAGAAUGCCAACGUCUUGGCUCGCUAUGCCAGUAUCUGCCAGCAGAAUGGCAUUGUACCCAUUGUGGAACCCGAGAUUUUGCCUGAUGGUGACCAUGACUUGAAACGCUGCCAGUAUGUUACAGAGAAGGUCCUUGCUGCCUGUUACAAGGCUCUGUCUGACCAUCACGUGUAUCUGGAAGGUACGCUUCUGAAACCCAACAUGGUGACUGCUGGACACUCAUGCCCCACCAAAUAUAGCAAUCAAGAAAUUGCUAUGGCAACAGUGACAGCCUUGCGUCGUACCGUUCCCCCCGCAGUCACAGGUGUGACCUUCCUCUCUGGGGGUCAAAGUGAGGAGGAGGCCUCUAUUAACCUGAACGCCAUCAACACCUGCCCUCUGACAAAGCCCUGGGCCCUCACCUUCUCCUAUGGACGUGCCCUGCAGGCCUCUUCCCUAAACGCCUGGCGCGGAGUCAAGGAAAAUGAGAAGGCCGCCACAGAGGAGUUCAUCAAGCGUGCGGAGGCUAAUAGCUUGGCUGCUCAGGGCAAGUAUGUCUCCAGUGGAACUGGUGCGGCAGCAGGACAGUCCCUUUACGUGGCCAAUCAUGCCUACUAAACAUCCUGGUUUCCAGCUUCUGCCAGCCAAUAGUAUAGUGAACAGCUGCUACCCUUCCUGUCACCAACCAAUCACAGGCCUAUGCUGUCUUCUGUACUGUAGGGUUGUCAUUGCAAUGUCUCAUACUGUAUCUGUUUAAAAUGUAUUAAACUUUAGAAAUGGAAAGGAGACAAAGAAAGGCAUGGUUUCAUUCCAUAAUAAAGGAAAAACAGUAUUUUUGUGGCCCAAGAGCUGGUUUUAAAUUAUGUAUGUAUAUGUAUGUUUUUCAAAAUUCCAGAGACCACGGUUUUAUUUAAAGUCCUAUAAAAGUCAAUACUUUCAGUGCAGUAUGGCCUCAUCAGUCCUCAUAAUGAAGACACACUGUCUUGUGUUGGUGAUUUGAUGACUGAAGUUACACUUUAGUGUGUCCCAACAGGCACAGUUUAUCACAUAGGGAAAGACACAGAAAAUAUAUAUUUGCUCAGUAGUCUUGGCAUUCUCUUAGCAUGAUGGAAUAUCAUGUUGUGUUGACAUAAUAUUAAUGCUUUGACUGGGCUGUAUGUGUUUACUGAAGAAAUUUAAUAUAAAAUACUUACAACAUAAGUUUGAAAGCAUAGACCAUUAUUUUAAAAUUGUGAUCCGUUGUAUUGUGUGCUUUAGUGUAUCUUGCUCUCUCUCUCUAUGACAGUGCACCAUGAAUAAUUCAGUUCCAUUGGUUAUAAAUCAGAGCUUCUGGGGAGGGGAGCAGUCACUGCUCUGUUGAACAAGUUGUGGUAUUGUGAUUUUGUGUUGUUCUCUAAGCACUUUGUGUGUCAGAUAGUAAAAAUAAAAAUAAAAUUAAUGUGAAACUUCA